CCCGCGCCGUUUGGGGCCCCGCCAGAAUGUGCUUCCAAGGCAACAGCGCUCCCCUCUCCGCUGCCUAUCUCAACUCCCAGCUCGCAGUACUCUGGAAAAACGCGUUCGACUGCGCCAACGAUGAGGUCGACGGGGACACAGAUCAUAGUCCGAAUGCGCACACCAAGAGCGUGUACACCAGGGCUCUCUACGAGUACCACUACCUCCCAGAAAAACUCUCCGAAGAGCACCUCACCAAGGAGCAACUCGUCCAUCUCCCGUUCCACGCCAUUUUCGACCAGCCCGAAUUGAAUUUCGUCUGCAACCAUGAGGUUGUCCUUACCCUCUCUUUGAAAUCAGGGCAAUUGCGUGUCAACUACGAUACCAAACAAGUCAACGACACAAACGCAAACCAGAGCGUCAAGCAGCUUCCUGAGCUCAAGGCCCACUUCCGUGUGCCAUUCGACCGCACCAACGUGACCGGGCAUGAUACCAAGAUCGGAAAUGACAACGCUACGCACCUGAUCAGGAUGAUCAGUCUCAGAUUCGAAGAUGCGAAAUUGGUCAAGCUGGACGUCGCCGAGAACUGGGGUUUGGACCUCGCGGAGGCGUUGACCCUCUACCUCCGCGCUUACCUUACCUUCCUGCGCACGUCCGGCAACCACGUCCUUUUCGACCUCCCUGACUUUGCUGUGCACGAGAAGGUGGGGUACACCGACUACGCGCUCCUUCGCAACCACGUCAACCCGGACGAGUAUUGCAAGGACGUCACCGUGUUCGGCAUCACGGCCAAGGUCAUCAACAGCUACCUGGAGACCCAAUGGGCGACAGCGAAGAAGCUCGCCCGCGACCAGAACGACCACCUCUUGGCGUCCAUCGCCGAGCUCAGCACCAACUGGCUGACGCAUUCCGCAAUCGACUGCUACUCCUACAUACGCUUCGGAGCGCCUGAGAUCAAGCCGCUGUGCUCGCACGAGGUCAUUCUCUCCCUCAAGGUGCAGGAUGUCGCCAUAUUCGCGUCCACCGACUUCGACAAGCAGGUAGCCCCGGAUACUUUCUUUGUACAAUAUCUGACAAGGGCUGCUCAGGACCAAUCCUGCUACCGUCCAGCACGACUGGACCAUCGCCUUUGUCGUCAACGUUGCAGAGUAUGACAGCAGCGUUGGAGUGCUGCAGCUGGACUUUUCCACUGCCCGCUAUGCCAGCGCGUUCUCGACUGUUCCCACCGACGCGAACGUCCUGCAGUACUACAAUCUACUUGUCAAGUUCUUGACCGUCGACUACCUCGAUAUCCUGCUCGCCUACUCCUACCACGUCAUCUACCGGCUUCAGAUCGACCAUGAACACCCUACGGGCGAGGACAGCGGGUACUGGAAGCGUGUCGAGCACGUCGGCGAAUACCACUCUUUUCGUCGUCACGGCCAAGCACUGAUUUGGAUCGAGCGUGUCCGCGACAUCGGGCUCCAUGGGUCUGAUCAGGUCCUAGCUUUGACCGAAGACUCCAUCAACCGCAUCCUGCUCUCGCGCAAGGAAGUGCUCGGUUCCAGCCACCUGCUCUCCACAUGGAGCAAGGACUCGUUCAAGGCGGACUUCAACCCACUCCAGGUCCGCAUGCUGUCCAACGGCAAGGCCGUCGUCUACGUGGACAUCCAGCACGGAGAGUCCGGUUCCCAGAUCGUCCAACACGAACAGACCCCCGUUGCCGAGCACUCUGACCUGUUCUGGAAGUCCAGCUUCUGGAACACAGUUGCCACCACCACGGGCUUCGUGAAGGCCUACCAGUUUGACAAGGUCGCCCUGGCCUUCGAGGUCGAGUUGCAGCUGGUCGAGACGCUCGAUGUGGAGGAGGCUAUCGCGCAACAGCUGAACACCACCGUGGCGUCGCAGAUCAAGGGUAACCAGCGCGUUGUCGUCAAGCACCUGAUCGUAGAUUUCGCAACCGCGAAGUACGUCCCUGACUUGUCUAUCACCUACAACCUCGGGAACGGCCGUGAAGGCGAGAAGCGCCUGACAGCAGUGAAGUCGCUCAUGGGCGAAUAUCUCCUUGAGGUCGGCCGCCAGGGCUGCGGCAUCCUCAAGACGAUCCCCACCUUCGUCGACGACCACUCCGACCCCCUCGCCUUCAACGACAUCGCGUUCAAGGUCCUAACGAAGGACGAGAUCACCGUCGAGCACUUCGCUCUGGGCACACACGUCACCGACACGCCCGUCGUCGUCCUGUACGGCGUGUGCACCAAGCGCCCGGUCCCGCCCUUCCUCGGCAAGUGGUCGCUCGGCUGGCUGCCGGCGGGCAGCGGGAAGGACACGGUCGGCACCGUGUGGUUCUCGAAGGAGAGCUUCCUCGAGCACCGACUCCUGCACGUCCUCGAAGACUUCAACGCGCGCACGACCAUCCUGCCCAAGUUCGCCGGCGUCGUCAACGGCGUGUGGAACUGCGACCUCACGACGUGGGAGCAGAGCGAGCUCCUCGGCAAGCGCGGCGUGCGCUGCCAGUGGAAGGAGCUCGAGAGCUCGCCACGGCACCUCGAGUAUGCCUGGGAGCACCGGGACGACUGGGCCCACGAGAACGAAGCUACGACCCGUAUCGAGGGCGUCGGCGAGUACACGCUCAGCUGCCACACUGAGAACCGACUCUGGAUCCCGACCGACUAUCGCCCCGGCCGUCAGCUUGAGGUCCAACUUCACGGCAAGUCCACCGUCGAGAUCUCCGGUCAGGCGUAUAGCCAGCGUUGGAGCAAGCGCACCGUCUCGUCGUGGUCCGCGUCGAUCAUCAUCGCGUCGCAGCAGGAGGGCCUGCACGUCUCGAUGACGUCGCAAAUCCAGCCCGCCGAGGUCGAGGGCGACGACCGCGCGUCGGCGUUCUUCCCCUUCAACGUCGAGGCGCUCCACCGGAACCGCCUGCCCGACAACCUCACGGCGCUCGAGGACCUGCUCCCGAAGCUGAAGGAGAUCCUCGAGGGCGCCUGGGCCUACUCGUCCUUCGGCGCGCAGAAGUUCAGCCUCGCGAACCCCGUGUUCACGCGCCGCGGCGACUUUGUACUCGAGCUCUACCCAUACGAGCAAGGCACCGCCCCCGUUGCCCGCCCACAGCAGCCCGUCGCUCUGGCGCCCGCGCCUGUGCCUGCGCGGGUGUCCACCCCGUCGACCGCCACCUCGUACACAGCCCCGGUCUCGAACAUGUCGGGCCUGCAGAGCACGUCGUCGCUGUCGUCGCUCUCUACGACGACUGCCACCGCCAACGGCGGCGUGCAGAUGCUGCGGACCUCUGCCUCGUAUACCCCAAUGAAGACCUUGGCCCCAAGCGUCGUGCCGGACUACAUCAGCAACACUUUCCCUCCCCGGCGCUAACUGGCUGACGGCUGCACCGAGGCGCUUGCUGAAAAAGCUUAACAGAUAGUGCUGAAAUUGCUGUAGGUUCUAUGCUGUUCCUUGACGGACGAAUUUCUCGAUUUUCGCUGAAUGUUGUACUGGAUAUCUUUCAUGUAUUGUCCUAUGGCAAAUUAUUCGUAAUAUUGAAUAUACUGGGCCCUCAUGCUAAUUGCAUGGUCACUUC